AUGGCCACGGUGAGCACAGAUGCCACAGAUAGAGACACAUCCAGGUUUAAAAUCAUCCUCACCCUGGUGGUCUCUGGAAUAGAGUGCAUCACUGGCAUCGUUGGGAACGGCUUCAUUACAGCUAUCCACGGGGCCAAGUGGGCCAGAGGCAAAAGACUCCCUGUCAGUGACUGCAUUCCGCUGAUGCCCGGCUUUUCCAGGCUCUUGCUGCAGAUCUGGAUGAUGCUGGAGAAUACUUACAGUCUACUGUUCCUGGUCACUCAUAACCAAACCACAGUGUUUAUACUCUUCAAAGUCGUCGUCAUGUUUCUGAGCUAUUUCAACCUCCGGCUUGCUGCCUGGCUCAGUAUCUUCUGUUGUCUUAGAAUUGCAAACUUUGCUCACCCUUUGUUCUGCAUGAGGAGGAGGAGGAAAAUCACAGGGGUCAUGCCUUGGCUUCUGGGACUAUCACCGUUCAUCUCCUUAUGCUUCAGCUUUCCCUUCUCUAUAGAUACCUUCAAAGUGUAUGGAAAUAGUUCCAUUCCCAUUUCCACUAAGAGGAAAUACUUCUCUGAGACCAAUAUGGUUAACCUGGUUCUCUAUAACCUGGGGAUCUUCAUUCCUCUGAUCAUGUUCAUCCUUUCAGCCACCCUGCUGAUCCUCUCUCUCAAGACACAUACUCUACACAUGGAAAGCCAUGCCACUGGCUCCAGGGACCCCAGCAUGAAGGCUCACAUGGGGGCCAACAAAGCUAUCAGCUGCUUUCUCGUUCUCUACAUUUUCAAUGCAGUGCUAUUUAUUUCCAUGUCCAACAUCUUCAACGUCAACAGUUCCUGGAAUAUUUUGUGCAAAAAGGUCAUCAUGGACGCUUCUCCAGCUGGCCACUCAGUGCUACCGAUCUUGGGUAACCCUGAGCUGAGAAGAGCCUGGAAGAGGUUUCAGCACCAUGUUCAUCCUCACCUGUAA